ACUUCUUUUCUUUUACGAUCUUUACUUUCAAGAAUGACCAAUUUUGAAGAAGUCUGUACUGUGCCUACAGAAUUUGGUGUGACGUUCACUAAGCUUAAGAGCGAAAAGACAGGUUUAACUGUCAUGUUGGCCGAUAUUGAAGCCCCACUGGUAAAUGGAUAUUUUGCUCUAGCUACUGAAAGCUUUGAUGAUUAUGGAUGUCCUCAUACCCUAGAACAUCUUGUGUUUCUCGGAAGUGAGCAAUAUCCUUACAAGGGUGUGCUUGAUUCACUCGCUAAUCGUGCGAUUGCACAAGGUACAAAUGCUUGGACAGAUGUCGAUCAUACUUGUUACACAAUCACAACGGCCGGAUCAAAAGGGUUUCUGAAUUUAUUGCCUAUCUACAUUGAUCAUAUUUUGUAUCCAACCUUGACUGAUUCUGGUUAUCAUACUGAAGUACACCAUAUCACUGGAGAGGGUGAAGAUGCUGGUGUUGUUUACAGUGAAAUGCAAGGAUGUCAAAAUUUAGGUGAUGAUAGACUUCAUUUACGUAUGAAACGUCUUAUGUUCCCUGAGAACUGUGGCUAUAGAUCAGAAACGGGUGGAUUAAUGGAAAGAUUAAGGGAGCUCUCUGUUGAUAGAAUCCGCAACUAUCACAAGUCAUACUACAGGCCGGACAAUCUUUGCUUAAUCAUCACAGGUAAAGUAGAUAAGGAUGAGCUCCUGCAAACUUUGGAGCCUGUAGAAGAAUCCAUUUUAAAAAAGGGACCACUUGCGGAAAUGCAAAGACCUUGGAUAGAAACUGGUGACUUCCCCAACUUGCAGAAAAAUAUCGAAGAAACUGUGCUUUUCGCUGACGAAGACGAAUCAAUGGGAACCAUUCUCAUUGCUUGGAAUGGUCCAAAGUACGAUGAAUUUCUCACUCAAAAAGAGUUGGAGGUAUUGAAUGUAUAUCUCACUGACUCGCCUGUUUCUGUUCUGCAAAAAACGUUUGUCGAAACAGAAGACGCUUUGUGUACUGAUGUUGAUUUUCAUAUCACUGAUCAUUUGAAAACAACUUUGAUGUUUACUGCAUCCAGCGUACCUUUGGAAGAAAUUGAGAAUUUCCCUAACAAAUUCUUCGAGACAUUGCAACGUAUUGUUGAUGAAGAAGAUAUCGAUAUGACUAGAAUGGCUACCGUAAUUGAAAAGGAAAUACUCAACUUAUUUGACAGUGCAGAAACAGAUGCUCAUGAGUCAGCAGCAUCUGUGGCCAUUGCAGACUUCCUUUACGGAAAUACAGAUGGAUCACAGCUUGGAGAUGCCGUUAGAGAUUUGGAAUUCCUCAAAAAAGUCGCUACCUAUAAGGCCUCUGAUUGGAUUAAUAUCCUCAAAAAAUGGUAUGUUGAUGCUUAUCGUAUCAUUUUGUUCGGUAAACCUUCAGCCGAAUUUGCUGAACAGCAGGCCAUGGAAGAAGAGGAACGCGUUGAAAAGAGACGAAUUGAGUUGGGAGAAGAGAAAUUAGAAGAAUUCGAAAAGCAGUUAGAAGAAGCCAAGGCUAAGAACGAAGUGCCUAUUCCUAAGGAAAUAUUCGAUAACUUCAAAAUUCCAUCCGCAUCCACCAUCCAUUUCAUUAACGUAACCACUGCCAGGAACAAUGAUAAAUCAAUUGCUAACAAAGUGCAAGAUCAUGUCAAUGCAGACACUCAUGCUGACGUACCUUUCUUUAUUCAAUAUGAUCAUGUCAAAUCUCGCUUUGUCAAGCUUUCGGUGUACCUUUCUUCCUCUUCAAUCCCAUCUCAUUUACUACCCUACACAAGACUUUUCCUGAAAGCUAUUUUUUCCCUUCCGAUACAAAUUAAUGGUGAGCUGAUCAGUUACGAAGAUGUAGUGAAGGGUUUAUCUGAAGAUACAAUUGAAUAUGAUGCUUCACUUGGCACCAGCUUUGGUUUUAAGGAAUUGGUGGUAUUCACUAUUAAGGCAGAAUCCAAGAAAUAUGAAAAAGCUAUCGAGUGGCUGCAUAAUAUUAUAUGGAAUACUCAAUUUGCAGCCGAAAGAAUAAAAAUUGUGGCAACACAGAUUCUAAAUGAUAUCCCUCAAGCCAAGCGAGAAGGACAUAAUAUGGCAAAUGCUUGCUUAAGCGCGCUACAAAUUGACCCUAAGAAAUCUGUAAACGGUGUCCGCAAUAUUCUUUUCCAAAAUGCUUUCCUUCAAGAUAUGUUGAAGCGUUUAGAAAAAGACUCUCAGUCUGUCAUCAACGAUUUGAAUGAAUAUCGCUCUAAAUUGUGUAUGCCAAAAAACAUUAGAAUUCAUGUCACUGGUGAUAUACUUGAUUUGCCCAGCCCAAGAAAGGCAUUUGAAGGCUUUGCUAAUAACGUCAAAGACAACAUGAAGCCAUUAAUGCCGGUUGUUACAGCUAAGGAAGUAUUAAAGCCUGCUGGCCUAGAACCAGGACGAAACGGUCUUUUGGUCACUCUGCCUACCAUCGAGAAUUCGUUUUCCCUUCAUACUGUCAAGGGGCCCAGCAAAUUUGAUGACCCAGAUAUUCCUCCUCUUUUAGUUAUGAUCGAACUCUUGGAUACUAUGGAAGGCAUCUUCUGGAAAUUGAUUCGCGGCCGAGGUCUAGCUUACUCUUGCUUUUUGGAUGCGAACAUUGAAUCAGGCUUGAUCAACUUUACUAUCUAUAGGUCACCAGAUGCUUUCAAAGCGUUUGAGCAGGCAAAGAAUGUAAUCGAACAACUGGCCAACCAUCAAAUGGAGAUUGACCCUUCAUCCGUGGACGGAGCCAAGAGUGCUGUGAUUUAUAGUCUGGUAGCCAAAGAGAAUACAAUGGAUCGUGCUGCUCUCCAAUCCUUUGUCAACCAAGUUUUGAAAAAGAUGCCAGCCACUUAUAAUCGUGAUAUGUUGAUCGCUAUACAGGUAAAAAUGAAAUCAUUUUAUUUUUGUAACAAAACAUAAUCUCUAACCUUUUUGAUACACGGACAAAAAAAAAAAACAAUCAAAAUAGAACGUAACUAUAGAUGAUUUG